GGGGAUUGGCCACAGCAGGUCCUAUCUGAUGGUGAGUGGCUGUCAUGAUCUCUACGGCACCGCUCUACAGCGGCGUGCACAACUGGACCAGUUCUGACCGGAUUCGCAUGUGUGGCAUCAACGAGGAGAGAAGAGCACCUCUUUCUGAUGAGGAGUCCACGACAGGUGACUGCCAGCACUUUGCAUCUCAGGAGUUUUGUGUCAGCAGCAGUUUUUCCAAGGUGGAGCUCACAGCAGUUGGUAGUGGCAGCAAUGCCCGGGGGGCAGACCCAGAUGGCAAUGCAACAGAAAAACUUGGGCACAAGUCUGAAGAAAAGCCUGACGACACCCAGCUGAAAAUGGACUAUGCUGGGAAUGUGGCAGCAGCCGAGGGCCUCUUGGUGCCACUGAGCAGCCCAGGGGACGGGCUCAAGCUUCCCACUUCUGACAGCACGGAGGCCGGCAACAGCAGGGCCGACUGCUCCUGGACCCCGAUCAGCACCCAGAUGAGCAAGCAGGUCGGCUGCUCUGCAGCCGGGGGGAAGGCUCUGGACUCUCGGCACAGUGUCGGGGAGAAGAAUACUUUCAUUUUGGCAACUCUGGGAACUGGAGUCCCUGUGGAAGGGACCCUGCCUCUGGUUACCACUAACUUCAGCUCGCUGCCGACCCCCAUCUGUCCCCCUGCUCCUGGCUCAGCCUCUGUCCCCCCGUCUGUUCCGGAUCCAUUCCAGGUUCCUCUCUCUGUCCCUGCCCCGGUGCCCCAUUCUGGCCUAGUUCCUGUCCAAGUAACCACUUCGGUUCCAGCGCCUUCCCCUCCCUUAGCGCCAGUCCCGGCUCUGGCUCCAGCCCCACCAUCAGUGCCCACACUUAUUUCUGAUUCGAACCCCCUUUCUGUUUCGGCCUCGGUCUUGGUGCCCGUGCCGGCUUCUGCUGCCCUCUCGGGCCCAGUUCCCCUCUCAGCUCCAGCCCCUGCCCCGCUCUCAGUCCCAGUUUCAGCUCCUCCCUUGGCUCUGAUCCAGGCUCCUGUGCCCCCUUCCGCUCCAACCCUGGUUCUGGCGCCUGUCCCUACUCCAGUUCUGGCCCCCAUGCCAGCAUCCACUCCUCCAGCUGCUCCUGCCCCUCCGUCUGUACCAAUGCCUGCCCCAACCCCAUCUUCCGGCCCACCCUCUACUCCCACCCUCAUCCCUGCCUUUGCCCCUACACCGGUACCUGCCCCUACCCCGGCCCCCAUCUUUACUCCAGCCCCCACGCCCAUGCCGGCUGCCACACCAACUGUCAUUCCCACCUCUGCGCCGAUCUCGGCCUCCUUUAGUUUGAGUCGGGUGUGUUUUCCUGCAGCCCAGGCACCAACUAUGCAAAAAGUCCCCUUGUCCUUUCAGCCAGGGACAGUGCUGACCCCGAGCCAGCCGCUGGUUUAUAUUCCUCCUCCGAGCUGUGGGCAGCCACUCAGUGUGGCCACACUGCCAACCACCCUAGGGGUCUCGUCCACUCUUACACUCCCUGUCCUGCCAUCCUAUCUGCAGGACAGGUGUCUUCCUGGCGUGCUGGCUUCCCCAGAGCUCCGGUCCUACCCAUAUGCAUUCUCUGUGGCCCGGCCUCUGACUUCAGAGUCCAAGCUGGUGUCUCUGGAGGUGAACAGGCUCCCCUGUGCAUCCCAAUCUAGCAGCACCAGCACCCAGCCUGCACCCGAUGGAGUCCCUGGGCCUUUGGCAGAUACUUCCCUCUCCACUGCUUCUGCCAAGGUGCUUCCAACUCCACAGCCUCUGCUGCCGGCCCCCAGCGUGAGCUCAGCCCCACCGCACCCUGCCAAGAUGCCAGGUGGUGCUGAGCAGCAAACAGAAGGGACUUCCGUUACCUUCUCUCCCCUCAAGUCACCUCCACAGCUGGAGCGAGAGAUGGCCUCUCCGCCUGAGUGCAGUGAGAUGCCCCUUGACCUCUCGUCCAAGUCCAAUCGCCAGAAGCUUCCAUUGCCGAACCAGCGCAAGACGCCUCCCAUGCCAGUGUUGACCCCUGUGCACACCAGCAGCAAGGCCCUCCUCUCCACAGUCCUUUCUAGGUCUCAGCGCACAACUCAGGCUGCUGGCAGCAGUGUCACCUCAUGCCUGGGCUCCACGUCCUCACCCUUUGUCAUCUUUCCUGAGGUCGUGAGGAAUGGGGACCCGAGCACCUGGGUGAAGAACUCAACUGCACUGAUCAGCACCAUUCCUGGCACCUAUGUGGGAGUGGCCAACCCGGUGCCUGCCUCCCUGCUGCUGAACAAAGACCCCAACCUGGGCCUCAACCGAGACCCCCGCCAUCUCCCCAAGCAGGAACCCAUCUCCAUCAUUGAUCAAGGAGAGCCUAAGAACACUGGUGCCCCCUGUGGCAAGAAAGGCAGCCAGGCUGGUGCUGAGGGACAGCCAAGCACAGUCAAACGUUAUACCCCAGCCCGCAUCGCCCCUGGGCUGCCAGGGUGCCAAACCAAGGAGCUCUCUUUGUGGAAACCCACAGGGCAGGCAAAUAUUUAUCCACGGUGUUCAGUCAAUGGGAAAUCCACCGGCACCCAGGUCGUGCCUGUUGGCUGGUCACCGUACCACCAAGCAUCUGUGCUUUCCAUUGGCAUUUCUAAUGCUGGGCAGCUGACCUCCAGUCAGGGGGUACCCAUCAGGCCCACCGGUGUGGUUUCUGAGUUUUCUGGUGUGCCGCCUCUCAGCUCCAGUGAAGCUGUGCAUGGACUUCCUGAGGGGCAGCCAAGGUCUGGGGUCCCCUUUGCUCCAGAGCAGGACACCAUCACAAAGAACAAAACUUGCCGGAUUGCUGCCAAGCCUUAUGAAGAACAAGUCAACCCUGUCCUCCUGACUCUCAGCCCUCAGACGGGGACCUUGGCCCUGUCUGUCCAGCCUAGUGGUGGGGACGUAAGAGUGAAUCAGGGGCCUGAGGAAUCAGAGAACCACCUCUGCUCUGACAGCACUCCUAAGAUGGAAGGCCCCCAGGGGGCUUGUGGCCUCAAGCUGGCUGGAGACACUAAGCCCAAGAACCAAGUGCUAGCCACCUACAUGUCCCAUGAUCUGGUCAUGGCCACCCCCCAGAACUUGCGCAAGAUGCCCGAGCUGCCUUUGCUACCUCAUGACAGCCACCCCAAGGAACUCAUCUUGGAUGUGGUUCCGAGCAGCAAGAGGGGCUCCAGCACAGAGCUUUCACAGCUUGGAAACCAGGUGGAUCUGGGGCGGGUAAAACUGGAGAAGGUGGAUGGUGAUGUGGCCUUCAAUCUAGCCACCUGCUUCCGGGCUGAUGGCCUCCCUACAGCUCCCCAGAGGGGCCAGGCUGAGGUUAGGGGCAAGGCUGGGCAGGCACGCGUGAAACAGGAAAGUGUUGGGGUCUUCGCUUGCAAGAACAAGUGGCAGCCAGACGACAUGACAGAAUCUCUGCCAUCUAAGAAAGUAAAGUGUGGCAAAGAGAAGGAAAGUGAGGAGCAGCGGCUACCACAACCCAAGCCCAUAGUCCGGAGUUCCCAUGGACUCAAGUGCCGAAAGCCGCCCGGUGACCCCCAGGAACCUACCAAAAAAAGUCCCCGGGGGGCUUCAGAUUCAGGAAAAGAGCACAACGGAGUCAGGGUAAAGCACAAGCACCAGAAGCCGACAAAGCCGGAGUCCCAGUCUCCAGGCAAACGAGCCGAUGGCCACGAGGAAGGUUCCUUGGAAAAGAAAGCAAAAAGCAGUUUCCGGGACUUCGUCCCUGUGGUGCUGAGCACUCGGACACGCAGUCAGUCUGGAAGCAUCUGUAGCUCCUUUGCUGGUAUGGCAGACAGUGACAUGGGAAGCCAGGAAGUCUUCCCUACAGAGGAGGAAGAGGAGGUGACCCCCACCCCAGCUAAGCGUCGAAAGGUGAGGAAGACCCAGCGGGACACCCAGUAUCGCAGCCACCAUGCCCAGGACAAGACCCUGCUGAGCCAGGGCCGCAGGCACCUGUGGCGAGCCCGAGAAAUGCCCUGGAGGACAGAGGCUGCGCGGCAAAUGUGGGAUACGAAUGAGGAGGAGGAGGAAGACGAGGAGGAAGGCCUGGUGAAGAGGAAGAAACGGAGACGGCAGAAGAGCCGGAAGUACCAGACUGGGGAGUACCUGACUGAGCAAGAAGAAGAGCAACGGCGGAAAGGGAGAGCAGAUGUAAAGGCCCGUAAACAGAAGACUUCCUCCCAAAGUUCGGAGCACCACCUCAGGAACAGAAGCCUUCUCUUGCCCAACAAAGCCCAGGGGAUCUCGGAUUCACCAAAUGGUUUUCUCCCGAAUAACCUGGAGGAGCCAGCCUGCCUUGAAAAUUCAGAAAAGCCAUCAGGAAAACGGAAGUGCAAGACCAAGCACAUGACAAACAUCUCAGAAGAGGCAAAGGACGUUGUUCUCUACUGCCUCCAGAAGGACAGUGAGGAUGUGAAUCAUCGCGACAAUGCUGGCUACACAGCCUUGCAUGAGGCCUGCUCCCGGGGCUGGACCGAUAUCCUGAACAUCCUGCUGGAGCAUGGUGCCAAUGUGAACUGCAGUGCACAGGAUGGCACGAGGCCCGUUCAUGAUGCAGUGGUCAAUGACAACCUGGAGACCAUCUGGCUCUUGCUGUCCUAUGGGGCUGAUCCCACGCUGGCCACCUACUCAGGGCAGACGGCCAUGAAGCUGGCCAGCAGCGACACCAUGAAGCGCUUCCUCAGUGAUCACCUCUCGGAUCUCCAGGGCCGGGCCGAGGGGGAUCCUGGAGUCUCCUGGGACUUUUACAGCAGUUCUGUGUUGGAGGAAAAAGAUGGGUUUGCCUGUGACCUCCUGCAUAAUCCUCCUGGGAGCUCUGAUCAAGAAGGAGAUGAUGUGGAAGAGGAUAAUUUCAUGUUUGAACUCUCAGACAAGCCUCUUCUCCCUUGCUACAACCUCCAAGUGUCAGUGUCCCACGGGCCCUGCAACUGGUUCCUCUUUACAGACGUCCUGAAGAGGCUGAAGCUCUCCUCACGGAUCUUUCAGGCUCGAUUCCCGCACUUUGAAAUUACCACCUUGCCCAAGGCAGAGUUCUACCGGCAGGUGGCCUCGAGUCAGCUGCUGACCCCUGCUGAGAGGCCUGGAGGCCUGGAGGACAGAUCCCCACCAGGCUCCUCUGAGACUGUGGAGUUGGUGCGGUAUGAGCCAGAGCUGCUGAGGCUCCUAGGGUCUGAGGUGGAAUACUAUUCUUGGAGUUGACGGGAAACAGCCCCUCCCUUUGCUUCUUUCUCCUCUGAGUCUGCCCUUCCCCCACCUCCCAUGUCUCCCCCCACCGAGCACCAGACUGCAGAAUGAGGCAAUAAUACGGACCAACAAGAAGCCGCCUUAUCAAAUUGCCAGCAUUAAUGACUGGAUUUUUUUGGGGGGUCACAAUUAGUUUUCAUCUCCCUGUCAUCGUCAUUGUUGUUGUGGUUGGUGAUGGGGGUGGAAAGUUGAACCCCAUAUCUGAGGAGGUCCCUGCGAGUGGUGGGAGGCGGCACUGGGGUCUUUUGGACUGGUCUCCCUGUGUAUGACAAGACCAAACCUGGGCCCUGGGUGGCCACGGCCUGUCCUGAGGAGAAAUGAGAAAAGCCCAGAUCUCUUGAGUGGCCCCUCGGUUCCCCUGUGUUCUUCUGUCUUUCAUAGUAUUUAUUUUAUUAGUAUUUAAUUUGUAUUGUUUCAUUGGUUUCUGAUAAGUCUGUAUCACUGUGAUGAUUUGAGGCAACUUGUGUUGAGGGACUUUCUUCACCUCCUUUCUAUUUCUCUGGAGCCGCUCCCUCCGCUGACAAAGUGACUGGGGGGGACAUGGAGUGUCACUAAGAAAGCUAGCAGGUGCUGGUCCAGGGCUUGGGGGGUUGGGAUCAAUCCCGAGGCUUUGGUGCUCCCCCGACCCCCAGUUUUUUCUUGUUUCCCCCUCCUCCCCUUUGCUGUUUACUGGGGGCGGGAGGUUUGUGGGGUGAGAGGUUAAUGAGUUACUCUAAUAAAGGAAGAGUGGAGAGUGGGCCUGAUGGGUAACGUGCCCCCUCCUCACUACCCCCCUCAGAGUGCACAAUACGAGUUUCUUCCUGCAUCUUUCCCCACCCGGUUCUGGCCUCACCCUCUCUAGUUACCAAGCUUCUCAGCUCCCAGCUCUCACCCCUUCCCAGACUAGCAGCACCCUCUCCUGUGUCUUCCCCUCCCUCCCCUCCCUCGGUCCCCAGUCUCCUGUGGAAUCUGCAGAGGGCUAGGGGACUGUCUGCCAGAUGUGAAAUCCAGGCCUCAGCUGGUUCCUACGCAAGAGCGUCAUCCCAGCCCCGCUCCACUCCGCCUGCAGGCUUGGGGUUGAGCGGUGGCUGCCAGGCCUCCCUCCCGGCCUGGCCUCGGGGCCUCCAGCACCAGGCUGGUUCAGGAGAGAGAGAGAGCGCGAGGGAGGAGCUUGGCUGCUUCCCCAUCCCCACCCCUCCGUGGCGUCGUCUUUCCCACUCUUGUUCUUAUUUUUCUACCAAUUGCUAUUUUUCCGAACAAUCCUUGUAGAGAGUAUGUGCCAUGCAAAGGCCAGAGGGCCUCGCUGUGGCCAAGUCUGGUCGGAGAUGGCACAGUUUUAUUGUACAGGUGCUAAAACAACAACAACAAAAGAAGAAAAAGACAAAAAAAAAAAAAACAGUUUGAGGAUGGGACAAUCUGUUGUCUGGCGGCUCCUGCCCCACGCGGGAGCAUUGGUGGUUAUUUUCUUUGUAUUGUGUUUGUUCUUUGUUCCCAGGGGGAUGUUCUAGGCCCCCUUCUGUAGGACUGCUCCCACCCCCACCGUACCGCCCAGUUGGUUUUGAACAGUUGUUCUCCCUUUUUAAAAAAACAAAAAAACAAAAAAUAUAUAUAUAUAUGAAGUUGAGGUGUUUUACAUUUGGAUUUGUUGGUUUUGUUUGGGGCAUGGUAUUGUGGGGUUCCUUUGAUACUUCCCUUCCUUUUUCACAUUUGGCUGUGUAUCGUGCUGCCAGUGAUGUGCCCUUUUCAGCAACGGGCUGUGGAGUCAAAAACACCUGCAUACCAAAAACCUGGCUCGGGG